GUCUCCAACCUCUUACUGGGGCCCAUUGGUUAGAUCUGUCCGGGAUCUUGUAUUCGGAGGGAAGGGAAUUUUUUGGUUGAGAACUUGAGAGAUUUAUAGCGGUGCAGCGCAAAUCCAGAUCAAGCAGAUCUCAUCAGUUUCUCUGCAACCAUUUACAGAAAGGUCAUCAGUUGGAGGAUGUAUAUGUGAAGCUGGGACAGAAAUGGUGACUUCCAAGGACGAAUCCGCCACUGAUAGCGACAAUUCCUCCGGCGACGUCCCGGCCUCGCAUUCCAGUCUCUACUCUGAAGGCGAAAAGGUCCUCGCUUACCAUGGCCCCCGCAUCUACAAAGCUAAGGUCCAAAAAUCUGAGCUUAGGGAGAAUGAAUGGAGAUAUUUUGUUCAUUACUUGGGUUGGAACAAGAAUUGGGAUGAGUGGGUAGGCACUGACCGUUUGAUGAAAUUUACUGACGAGAAUAUCAUGAAGCAGCAGGAACUUGACAAGAAACAAGGAGUGGAAAAAAAUCCAAAAUUAGGACGUUCAUCGCAAACAAAACCUAGAAAUCUAGCUGAUCUAAGAGUUGAGAAAGAUGAUACAAAAAACAAUGAUCUAAACGUGGAUAAAGAGGAAACAAAGACCAAUGUUGCCAAAGGGAAAAAGAGAAAGGCUGAUUCAGCAGCAGAGGACAAUGCAGCUACCGAGAAGCACAUCAAGAUUCAAAUUCCAUCAAAUCUAAAGAAGCAACUUGUUGAUGACUGGGAGUUUAUCAGUAAGAAGAAUCUGCUUGUAAAGCUUCCACGGUCUCCCAGUGUUGAUAAUAUACUGACGAAGUAUCUUGAACUCCGGUCAAAAAAGGAUGUCACGAUGGCGGACUCAGUCGGAGAAAUUCUCAAUGGCAUAAGGUCAUAUUUUGACAAAGCAUUGCCCGUUAUACUCUUGUACAAAAAGGAGCGCCAACAAUAUCACGACGUACUCUCAGAUAAAAAUGUCUCUCCAUCUAGUGUAUACGGUGCCGAACAUCUGUUGCGCCUAUUUGUGAAGUUGCCUGAGCUACUUGCUUGUGUAAAGAUUGAAGAGGAGACAUUAACUAGCUUGCAGCAGAUAUUGCUGGAUUUCCUCAAAUUUCUGCAGAAGAAUCAGAAUACUUACUUCCUCUCUUCUUAUGGAGGAAGUAUCAAGGGUAAAGAUAGUUGAGUGGCUAAUGAAUGGUUCUGAUCCUCCUGGCCAUAGCCCCCCCCAUAAUUCCCCAUUUGUUGUAGAAUGUUACUUAGCUUAGCAAAAUGCUAUCUGCCUCUUGUCUGAAUCUUUGCUGUAGCCUAUUCUUGUGUUCAGUAAUACAAAUUACAAACAUUCACAAACCAUAAUCAAUUUGCACAUUUCAAUUUCAAUUUUUUUUGUAAGAAUACAUUACUAAGAGUCUGUCUGUCAUUAAAUUUAAUUCUGGGCU